AGCACAGGUUUUUUUGUAUACUAGUGUUGAAUUCAUAUCUCUACCCCAUCCUUAACUGUACACCCAUUUUGUUUUCUGCUGUAUACAACACCCCACUAUCACUAAUUUGUAAAAUGAACCCCCGUCGGAUAUUCUUCACACGAACUAAAAUGAACCACAAAAAUGGGAUCUUUGCGCGACGAAAUCCCGGGCAAAAUUGUUGAUUUUGCCAUCACUGCUUCGGCAUGUUUCACCCCUUGCUUCUAUACCCGAGGUGACACCAUGCAGUCGCGGUGGCGCGGCCCGCCGCCACGAAGAAAGAGCAGGCGUUUUUGCUGGCUCGAGGAGAAGGAAUCCUUUGCACCCUAUGUGUUGCCCUGGAAGAGACGGAGCAAAAGCGGGAAUUCGUCCAGUUUUCGGAAUGAUGGAAGAAGGAAGACCGCAAAGAGCACCCGUCCUGCUUCAAGAAAAACCUCUUCUUUCUCAGCGACAGAGACAGUCCGAGCCUUGUGCUUCCAUGUUGGGGUGUUUCUGCAUUUCGUCUUCUUCGUUUUCAAUUUUUUCGUCGGCUAUGACAAGAGCUCGGCGUUCGCGAAUCUCCAAUCGCUGGAGAACACACCGCUUGGCUCGGAGCCAACGGGGACUAUUUUCCAGGAAGACCAAGUGGUUUCUCGACGGGCGGAGAAUCUCGACGGGGACAUCGUCAAGAAUGCAGCGCCAAAUCUGGAACAAGAAACUGCCCCGAAAAGAAGUCCAAUUUCUUCAACACUUGAUGGAAGCAGUAGACCAGAUCCAGACGGGCGGGCGCAGCUACAAAAUGCAGACGCUGAUUCACGGGCUAGAACAUCUUCCCGGAGUUCUUUUGAUGCAAUAUCAACCGCGACAAGUAGAACCGACCACGAUACAGAAAACGAUCAGAAGCUGCGGAACCUCCAGGCCGCGGUCACGGUCCGUUCGGACGGCCGCUGGAAGUUCCCGGCCGGGACGAAGAUCAGCUUCGAAUCCUACAGCAAUAUGAACCAAAACGCCUUCGGUGCCGGCGCGCCGGCCUCGACAGAUUUCACCUCCAGGAUCAACCUGCUUGCGGGCUACCCGUACGGAAAAGUCACGGUGAACGCGGUCACCUUCGAUUUUCCGAUCGCGCAGCACCCCGACCCGCAGAUAAAACUCGUGGAUUUUACGCUGGAAGACACAUCCAAGUGCUACGAAUCGUCAGCCGUCCCCAUGGGCUUGUACGAUAUCCAACCGCCGUAUGGAAGUGUCAGAAUCGAAAUUGACAAAAUCGAAAUUGUUUGCCAUGCAUAAAAUGGAUUCCAGUUCGAACCCAGUUUCUAAGUGGCGCAUGACACAUUCUGGCGGUGCCUGAAUCCAGUUUGUAAUGCUGUUUAGGCAAACGCAAAGAAGACUGAUUCUCUCAUGCUGCUCUAGGAGCUCGAGCUAUAACCCCAAACAGGUUUACAAUCGGCCUCCCUUGCCUGCUCUGCAACACACGUACUUCGCGUCAUGCAUUUUAUGCAUCACAAAUUUUUCGAUUUUGUCAAUUUCGAUCCUGACACUCCCAUACCCCGUUAGGCUCCACCUCCCCGCCCCAAUUUUUCAUUCCGGACAUUACCCGGGACACGGGGCUGCAGAUGGGGCACGGCUUCAACCAGAUUUUCGGUUCAAACACAAACGGGGGGACCAACCGGUUUCAGUUUGAGGUGGGCGGGCAAUACCAAAUCUGCUACGCGCCGACCGGGAAUUUCAACGACACAACAACGAUCACCUCCGCCAGUUCGCUGCCGCAAAUUUACGUGGCCGGCGUGUGGCGGCAGGAGUGCGUGACAAACACCAACGAUUUCAAUAAUGGGAUUUUCAGGGACGGCUGUUUCGAGUUCGGCAGUGUUUGGAACUGCUACUUCCCCUGGCACCAACAAACCAUCUCUCCAGCUUUACUCGACAUUGCGCCCGACCGGACUUGCUACUUCGAUUUCCGGAACGACGUCACCACCGGGGAGAAGAAGGACCCGUUAGCGCAGAAGGGGUUCCGGAUCUACCAAGGGACCGUUUCCGAACUUUCCUUUACGCAAAUCUGGAACCCAGACUCCAUCACGGAGGGGGUGCUGUUCGGUUCCGAGCCGAAGCUUUGCGCCCUACCAGCGCAGAAUAGCUACACGUUGUGGGAGCAGACGGUCUGGGACCAAACUUCGUUGGAACAGUCCUUCACCGAGCAGGCCAGGGAAAAAACUUUCGCGGAAGUGAAGGAUGUGACAAACAUCUGGACCUACCACAAAAAUUUCGACGACAGCUCGCCCUAUCGCGUGCCAAGGGUCCGGGAGGACCAGGAGCUCGGGUUCACUCUGACCCUUUGCUACUGUCCCAACUACGAUUCCCCGCUGGACAACGACGCGACCGCGUGCAAUUCCGGCUACGAAUUCAUCCAGAACUUGGGUCACCUCCGCUACUGGACGUUUUUGAUUUGUGACAAAACCAAUUACGUCAAUUGCGAGUACCAAAACCAGCUCCACGCCAGCUUCAAUCCGCGGUACCAGCCGUACUCGCGUGUCACCCCCCAGCAGCCCUUUGUCUUGAAGGUGCUCUGCCCCCCGGGCGGCUGCGACAACACGGUGACGCAGCGGAUGCGCAUCCUCGACUACAGUGCCACAACCUCCGACCGCAUGGCGUGGGAGGAACUGCAGCAGUGCCGGGAGUGGAAUGUGCCGGUGAUCUACACGCAGACCAGCACGACGCAAUUAGUCGAUUUCAUGGAUCACCUGGGGUUUGACACGAGCGUGAUCGGGCCUGAUUUGAUCUCCUACACACAGAGAUUCUCCUGCGCCUACAAUGCGACCGAAGUCAUCGCGAAUUUGACGAGCGAAAAAGCCCAAACCGCGCUCUACAAGCUAUUCGGCGGGGCGCCGAUCUACGAGGAGAACGAGGUCGAUCUGACGCCGAACGUGAGUAACGACAGCAACAACACGGAAUUGAACCGAACGCUAGUCGGCUUCACGGACCGAACGCCGGAGGGUACGAGUCUGUUCGCGAAUGACACGGUGAUCAGUGACUACAUCGCCGAAACGAUCCACAACACUUCGGUCCUCGUCAACGACCCCGUCGCCCGGGAGGUCAUCAAGUGUCUCUACGGCCCCGACACGUACAUUACCCGACUCCGGCUCGGCGCUUUGUGGCAAUCGUUGAAGCAGACCAUCUGGACCGCACCCGUGGCGCAGACGGACGUGACCAAACUAGAGACGACCUUCACGGAAGUGACGCAGGGGGACAUCGAUGGUUACUCCGGCCGGUCUUGGAACGCCUGGUACACCUUACCGGUGGAUGUGCACAGCAGUGCCGCCGCAGUGGACGUGAACGCGACGAACGAAACCGACACGAGUGCUGACGCAACGUAUGCAUUGCAAAUAUGUCUGAGUCUGGAAACCUGUGAUGCUGAACUGAGCAUGAUUGACGCGCUUGCAAUGGCAGCCAGGCAUGACAAGUUUUAGAGACGCCUGCUGAUGCCUACCACGCAUCACAACUCGCGUUUUUGCGAUGACAAAGCAAGCUCCUCUUUUGCUGCUCAUGCAACACAGAUUUUCCGAAAAUGCAAGACACGCAUCACAAGUUCCACUGUUCUAGACCCAGACAUUUUUGCAUUUCAUACAUCGUCUUCCAGUACAACUACGGAAGAAGUAUCAACAGACGAGAAUGCCACGAACGGAACCACAGUUGACGCGAAUAUCACCGCAGGCCCCUUGCUCGAGACCUGCACGCCGAGCACCAAUUUCGGCACCACCAUCAACGCGGUCCGCGACGGCUGUCUGUACGGGCACUUCGCGGGGGGGAAUGGCGUGCACCAGAAUGGGCUGGAUCUGUUUUUGUCCAUCACGAAUUCCGACACACAAUUCGACGCGGACAACACCGGCGCAAAUGUGGACGGGACAACUGGCUGCCACGUCGGGGAGACGUACGCGACGUACCAGAUGGUAGUGGCGCAAGAGUCGGAGGUGAAGUUGUAUAUGGAAGUGGCAACGGAGUCGUCGACGGUCCCGAACGACGAUUCCUUCUGCAUCGAUCUCCCGUACGUAAACAAGACCACAACCUGGCCGGAGGUUUGGAACACGGGUUUUGGGUCGGUGGACCAAAUCUUCCGCGAAAGAGUUGUUUCCCUGAUAUGAAUUGCAAAAAUGUUUGGGUCUGGAAGAUUGCGAGGUUUGUUAUGCUGAUCUGGCAUGGCCCUUAAAUCUGUACUGCGUGGUCAUAAACAGCCUCUCUCGCCUGUCAUGCAAAAACGCAGUUUCUCAUGCGGAAUACGCAGCACAGAAGCACGAAGCAACUUGUCAUGCUUGGCGGCGCAUUACAGUGCAUUUGUUAUUGACUGACUUGCAUCACAAGUUUCCAGACCCAGACAUUUUUGCAUUUCAUACCUGAACCAGCAGGCGGAUUCCGGCGGGAUUUGGUCGGAUGCGGACAACGGAACGAGUUUCGUGUUGCCAGUUGGAACGCAUAACCUCACAGUGCGCCCGAGGGAGGACGGGGCGAGGUUGUCGACCAUCAGGAUGGAGGUGCUGUCCGGCGACGCACAGUUCCAACUGAUGGAAACGCUUUUCAACGAAACAGAGGUCAGGCCGGCCCUGAACUUCUGCCGGAACAACCAAAACUCGAUUUUGACAACGACAAUAAACGCCGCUGCCGACGGGUGCUUGUUCGGAAAAUUCACCGCAAAGACCUGGGUACCGGAUGGAUCCACUUAUGUCUCGGUCGCAAACGCCGACACGGAUUUUAUCGAGUCCAUCGUCGGUAAUGACAGAACAACCGGCUGUAAUGUGUGCAACCCGGCUAGUUCCAUCGGGAACUGCUUCAAGACGGUGCCGCACAACCGGGCCGAGUACCAAAUCGUCGCGGUUGUGGACUCGAAGAUAAAGAUCCAGAUGGAAGUCCAGCCCGAGGAUAGCAGUAGUACCAACAAGCACCUCGACGACAGCUUCUGUUUGACCAUCGCCGGCCCGGGGAGUGUCGAUUUUAGUGAUAUCCCAAGUUCCUUCACGCUGUCCCCCUGGCACUGCGGGGGCGUCACGACGUGGACGACGAAGGCGGUUUCGGUGCGCCAAACGCACACCGGUGACGAAAGCGUUGCGAGCGCCACCAGCUCCGAUUUGGAUACUGGCGGAACGGAGUGGACUUUGGCCGCGGGGGUCCACACGUUGGUGGUUUCGCCAAGGGAGAAGGGGGCGCAGCUGCGGGGAAUCAGCAUGACCGUCGUGUCAGGGAACGUCGGGUUCCAGCCCAUAAGCAUCGGGCCGUCGUAUCCAAGUACGACGACAACCAGCACAACGAGCACAACGUCGACGAGUAUGGCAGCUGGAAAUUUGGUGGAAUUUUUCUUUCCAAGUGCUGUCACGGAGAAGUUCGCGAGCUAAUAUCGUGCUUUGUUUUUGCGUGCAGUUUUGCUUCAAAUAGAAAUCAAUACUGCGUCAAAAAGUAGUACAUGUUGAACGUGAAAAUUUCUAUCCCAAAAAUCCAAUCUAUGGUAAAAUACCGAACCGAAUUUCCAAACCUUCCAUACCUUCCACCACUACCCCACUGGACAUCAACAUUCUCUCCAGCGAGCCGGGGAUUCUGAAAACCAACGUUCUCCCCGCUUUCAAUCUGACCUUGAUCCGGAACAACACCGUGUACCUUCCCGCCACCUCCGCCUGGGACACGUCCGACCGGAUUUGGCCGACGCCGAUCCAAUAUCAAAUGCAAAAAUGUCUGGGUCUGGAAGAUUGCAGGAGGUUGUCAUGCAUCUUCUGGAUCACGCAACUGGUCUCUAAUGCACGCAAAAGCAUUACAGGUUUUGCGCAGGCCUCCUGAUGUCUAUCCCGCAUGAGAAAUUCCCUAUUUGCGAAGAAAGAAAUGGGAAGCUUUUGGUGCUUAUGCAAUACAAGUUUUUGCCUAUUCCAGAAUUCGCAUGACAAGUUCCAACUCUUCCAGAUCCAGACAUUUUUGCAUUUGAUAUCCAACGAGAGCUCGACCAGGUGAACCCCGACCCCACGAUAUCCCGUGUAAAAACAUCCUCACCCCAGAGUUGUCAUGCAAUUCUGCAUGCCAAAAAAGUUUCUCAUGCGGAGCCCUAUGAGAAGAAUUUUCUAUUCGCGUUUUAGGAUUUGUGAUGCUAGGAUCAGCAUGCUGUGCUAGAUCUGUGAUGCUUCUGAGCCAGCUAAACAGGAUCACACUACGAGGACAAACUUGUCAUGCCAAACAACCAAAGCUGUGUGAUUUGUCUAGCAGGUUUCCCAUCUUGACUCUGGUGUGGGGACGUUUUUGAUCAGGAUACACGAAACCCUCGAAAACGCUCUCCGGGGGUGCGCGCGCGGACUUCAAGACCUUCGGAUUGGAGUCCCCGGUGCCCUCUGCCUUAUUUGGGCAGUACGACCAAAUCUACGAUAUCUGCUACUGCCACAAGGACUGCGACCACGCGACGAACUACUUCAAAGUGGGGAACGUGCAGCUCGCGAAGAAGAUCGGGCUGGCGUCGCGGACGAAAUCGGUGAUCGACGCGAAAACGCUGAACGCGGUGCGCCAGGUGCAGGCGGCGGGCGCUUUGACGUUCUACGGCAUGGUCUCGUCCCGGUUGAAUAAUCUGGACCCGCACGACACCGGCCCGUUUCGGAACACGGGGCUGUUUUACAUGCUUUCCUACGACGUGGAGAACAUUCUCGACCCGGUUCCCGGGCAAUCCUUUUACACCGCCUCGGAGUUGACCGUGGUGUCCCGGAAAACGGACGUGGCGGGGAAGACGACGAUAGAACGGGCCUACGGGUUCGACCGGAGAAUUCCGUCGGAAAAUCUGUUCGCCAGCAGAAUGAGUGAGGAGUGCCUAUCCUGUGCAAAAGUAUCGUACUCGUAGUAAUUGCAAUCAUGCAUGACAAACCUUUUUCUUAAGGUAAAUCGGCAUUACAAAUUAUAUUUCUCAUGCUGGGAAAAUUUGUAAUGCAUUUUUACGAGUACCUACGAUACUUUUGCAAGCCAUAGUGCCGGAAGAAGUACUACUCGCCGGACCUGAUGGAGCAGGGGCCGAGUAACGACGUGUUCGUGAAGCAGUACGUUGUAUCAAGUGCGAAAAUGUCUGGGUCUGGAAGAUUGCGAGAUUUGUCAUGCUGAUCUGGCAUGGCACUUAAAUCUGUAUUGCGUGGCCACAAACAGCCUCUCUCGCCUGUCAUGCAAAAACGUAGUUUCUCAUGCGGAAUAGGCAGCACAGAAGCACGAAGUGGUGGCGCAUUACAGUGCAUUUGUUAUUGACUGACUUGCAUCACAAGUUUCCAGACCCAGACAUUUUUGCAUUUCAUACGUCGCGAUGAACCAUAACAACGAGGACAUGCAGUACUACGCGUUCACCGGUACUUCCCAGGAUUUCCCGAGAUCCGUUAUCAUGAAAAAGCCGGGGAACGUCCUGCUGUGUUACUGCGCGCGGCUGACGGACCAAAACGAUUGCUUUGACACAAAAUCCUGGAUGUACAUCAACCGGUUCAUGGUCCAGGGCCCGGUGUUGCAACAGUUAAGGUUGCCGCGCGGGCGCACCGUCGGCGUGCAGUUGAAGGGCUUCGGCUUUCUCGGAACAGACACCUACCGGGUGAUCGCGGCAACCAGGUCCUGCAGCGAGCGGGGCAAUUUUCCGCCUGGGAUCCAGACCUAUUCCACAAACUGUCCGGGGACGUUCCCGAACGACUUGACCUGCGGGCCGCCGAUCAUCGACCACGAUCUGCCGCUGUUCACAACGAGUUCUCAAGAUCUAGGAAUCAUGAUCACGGCGUUUGAGGUAACGCCGACGAACGUGACAAUCACGUUUAACAGCAGUAUUCAGGGCUUCCUCCGGGAUGACGACAUGCUGCUGAUUGACCACACGUCGGUCGGCACAAACGGGCGAAAAGCGACCGACUUGACCUGGACAAAACGGGACGAGGACGAAACGCUCAAGGUUUGCGGAAAGGGGAAAUACUUGGACACGAACGAAGCCUACAACAUCGGGAUCCGGGCGAGAAUAAAACGCAGGAUCAGCACCAGCACCGGGGAGAUCCGGCUGGAUUACACAAAGAUGACACUCUAUCCCACGAAAAAACUGUUUCACUGUGGUGAUUUUGCAAGAUCUGCAUCACAAGUUUGUUACACAUGACACGGAAAAUUUGCCAUGCGCGCUUUCCAUGGGAAAACACGCUUGAAAAUCCAAUGUCUUGCAGGUGUAGCAAGACAAACACUUUGGUGCUUCGUCCUCUGCAUCACAAGUUCACAGUGAAACAGUUUUUUCUUGCGAUACACUCGCUGUCUCGGCUUCCGAGGGGGAGUCACCGACCAGAACCUUCGAAGUUCUGUCCUCCGAGGGGGUGUCCUGGCGGGUGACGAACCGCGCGCGGACGGAGUAUUUCUUGAAAUCGACCAUCGUCCAAGCGGGGCUGAAGCUCUGCUGGGGGGUUCUAGACUCCACGACUGCUUCGCAAAAGUACUACGCGCCGGCUGCAGAGCUCGAUUUCUACACGCCCCCGCAGGGCAUUUUCGAGAUUUACCCGAUUUCGGCGAAGUCGUUUCAAAUUCAGCCGGUCGUGAUGGCCUGGUUCCCGAUUGCAACCGCGAAAUUCGGGACGCAGUUCCCGGAUUCUGGGGCGACGAUGUUGACGUUCCGGUUCACCAACGUCGAGGAGUACAUGGCGCCGUUGGGGCCGUUCGAUCCAGACCGCGCGGGGGAGGACAGCAUGAACAUGGGAUUGUCGAACCCGACGAGCUAUGUCACCAUGAAGGACGCGAGUCAGGCGAUCUGCGGGUACCUUUUCAUGGAGCUGUACAGCAACGACGCUGAUGGGUUUCCCCCUCCGAAGGGGUGCUUCUACGGGCCGGUGAUGCAGGACAAAGGGGUUUUGCAAAACGGGCAGAACAUGGAGCCGCGGUACCGCGACAUCCACAUGCUGUUCGAGCCUUACCAAUUGAAAGGCUGGUGCGUCCACGAGUCUCUGAACGUGCAGGGCGUGCUGACCUACACGCCGCUCUAUCAAGCGCAAAAAUGUCUGGGUCUGGAAGAGUGUAAACUUGUCAUGCAGGUUUUUUAUGAUCCAUGUCGUCUGGAAUGCAGGACCUAGCAUGACAGACAUUCUGUGAGAUCCCUAUCAUGCCUAUCCUGCAUGAGAAACCGCCUCCCAACUUGGUCGAAAGUGGACAGCGUUUGGCACUCAGGCAACACAGAUUUUUGUAUGCUUGAGAUUUACCAUGACAAGUUUUUACCACCUUCCAGACAUCCAGGGAUAUUUGCGAUUCAUACGCUCCGCUGCGAGUACCAGUUCGUGAUCAACGCCCGGCAGCAGCAGAUCCGAUUGGCCGAUCCGAAGGUGGUAUGGAUUGCAAAAAUGUCUGGGUCUGGAAGAAUGCAAGAUUUGUCAUGCAUAUUUCUCAUGACCCAUGAUGCCUGUAAUGCAUGGCCUAGCAUCGCAGACUUUUAGAGGGCUUCCCGAUGCACCUGCUUCCGCAUGAGAAAUGCCCUAUCCGUGUAGCACAAAUGGUACCCCUCUUGCUGGUCAUGCAAUACAAACUUUUCUAGAGUUCAAAAACAGCAUGACAAGUUGCAACCUUCCAGACCCAGACAUUUUUGCAUUUGAUAGGUGGUAGCGGUGGAACUGUCCGUGACCUGUGUGCCCUCGUUGACGUUGCCGCAGGGCAUCGUGGACAUCACGGGGAAUAUCCCCUUUGGAAGACUCUACGACGGGUUCACGGAGGAAGAGCAGGCGAAGUGCGGUGGCGAGGAGUUCUACACGUAUGAAGUCGGCUAUGAAACUGCACAACUCCCCCUCCCCCUCAUUUGGAUGGCAUCCGUAGCAACACAAGUCCUGGCACAGUUGCAGCUUUUGCAUGACAAAUUUACGACUGAUUGUAGUGCUGUUUCGGCUUCGGGAAUCUGUCAUGCAUAGUAGUGGCAAAGGGCAGAGGGGGGCUUUGGUGUUUUGCAUGAGAAAUGAGAACGAGGGGGAGUUGUGCGGUGUCAUAUCGGCUCGGGCGCUUUGGGGUUGUACGCGGAGACGCGGGAGGUAUCAAAUGUAAAAAUGUCUGGGUCUGGAAGGGUUGGAACUUGUGAUGCGAACUCUGGAACACACAAAAAUUUGUGUUGCAUGAGCGCCAAAAGCUGUCCAUUUCUUGGCACGCAAGUAGGAAGUUUCUCAUGCGGGACAGGCAUCAUGAGGCGUGCUUAAAACCUGUGAUGCUUUUGCCUGCAUCAGACGCCACUUGCGUGAUCCGAAAUAUGCAUGACAAAUCUCAGAAUUUUCCAGACCCAGACAUUUUUACAUUUGAUAGGAGGGUCCGCAGUACGACUCGAUUCCGGGGAUCGGGACGGGAAGGAAGGACCGGGAGCUGCAGCGGAUGCGGAUUUUGGACCGGCCGCCGCCAGAUUUUGGGACGGAUGUGCAGGACCAGUUUGAGAAUCUAGUGCUCGGGUACCAGCACGGCCUGAUCAAAGACAUCAACAGACCCAUGCCAAAUCCAUUGGUCACGGUGGGGACGGUAUAAUUUCGUGUGGUCUCUCACAGUUUAUGAAAAGUUUUUUCGCUCGAGAGUCUUCGUUUCUCUGCGUGACAGGUGUUGAUUGGAUUUCAUCUGUCUUUUGUACUUUAGAAUUCUUGAAAUUAUUUUCACAGUUGAAAGAAGAAUCUGCCGACGAGUCUUCCGUGCACGAGACCCUCCUCCGCAACCACCCGAUCUUCUACUUCCACGAUCCGGACUUGAAAACCUUAUCAAGUGCAAAUAUGUCUGGGUCUGGAAGAGUGCAAGGCUUGUCAUGCACAUUUUGCAUGACUCCUGAUGUCUGUGAUGCAUGCCCUAGCGUCACAGAUUUUGCGAGGGUUUCCUGAUGCCUAGACCGCAUGAGAAAUGCGCUCUCGCCGUGGCAAAAACUGGACCGCUUUUGCUGUUCAUGCAAUACAGAUUUAUCUGGAAUCCAACUCCAGCAUGACAAGUUGCGUCCUUCCAGACCCAGACACAUUUGCGAUUGAUAAACCUACGACCUGUACGACCGGCACUUCCUGCGGCGGUUGAACCUUCUGGAGCCGUUAUGCAAGAAAAAAAGUGUGUAAGUGUAACUUUGUCUUGCAGAUGUUGCAAUACAGUUACACUUGUCAUGUCGGAUAUGCGUCAGAGGCUAUUUCAAUACGUGUUUUCGCUUACUAGCUACGCAUGACAGGAGGUUUUCUGUCAUGCAAAACAAAUCUGUGAUGCUGUUCCUGCAAAAAAGUUACACUUACACAGUUUUUUUCUUGGAUAGCCGUACGAAACCGAACUUCAGCUGGAUGACGGGCCAAACGUGGACACGGGCCAGAAAUUGUGGGACUUGAUCGGCCUGUUGGAGCAAUACCUCCCCUCGGAGGACGGCGCGUUGUGGUGGUCGGGAAAAAUUUUCGUGGACACGGUAGACGUGGAAACGAAAACGAACCCCCAGGGGGAGGUUUAUCAGGAGAUCGACGUGGAUAGCUCGGAGCACAUCGGGUCGACGGAGCAAGAUGUCGUGGUGUCGUUUCACGUGCCCGACCCGAUCCGGGACAUUGAGGGGAAGUCGGGGAAACUGGAGGUGGAGGUGUUAGCGCCCCACAUGUACGAGUUUUCGACCCAAUGUCUGGUGUCGCAGGAGUCCAUGGUGGCCAGCAUCGAGGCCGAUGGGACCACGAUCUUCUACCCACAGAACAUGACGAGAGUGGACGCGAAGAUUUUGAACGCCAUACCCUGGCCGACGACGACCACGACCACGACGAUUAUGAGGUGGAAAUUUUGGGUCGGAUAAAUCGAUGGCAUGCAGAGCCAGCGAUCGGGAAAGGAAAAGAACAGCAUGGUCUGCUAUGUACUAAAAAUCCUGCAUGUAGUUUGUGCGAAUUGAGUCUGUUUCUGUUAUGUUCAAGUUGUCGUUUUGGAACGGCAGUUCUCUUCAUCGCAUGUCAACAAAUUUUCUCACCGGCUCAUGAUUUAUCCUCCUCCAUAUCCCCCACCAGCACGUUCACCACCACCACGACCACCGCUUUGAUUACAACGACAACCACCACAUAUCCUGUGCAAAAGUAUCGUACUCGUAUAAAUGCAUGACAAAUUUCCUCAGCAUGAGAGAUAAAAUUUGUAAUGCGGACGUGCCUUAAAAAAAGAUUUGUAAUGCAAGACUUGCAUUUAUACGAGUGCGAUACUUUUGCAAUGCAUACCACAACCUCCACGACAACCUCCACCAGCUCCACCACGAGCACCACUACCUCUUAUGCACUGCAAAGAUGUCUGGGUCUGGAAGGUUGGAACUUGUCAUGCUAAAUCUGAAGCAUGCGAAAAUCUGUGUUGCAUGAUUCCCAAAUGCUGCCCAAUUUUGAUCAAAUUGAGAGGCAGUUUCUCAUGCAGGAUAGGCAUGAUAGUGAUCUCACGGAAUCUGUCAUGCUAGGUCUUCCGUUACAGAUCAUAUGGGUCAUGGAAAACCCGCAAGACAAGUCUAGCAAAGUUCCAGACCCAGACAUAUUUGCAUUUGAUACCUCCACUUCCAGCACGACCUCCACCACCACCGGCACCACGACCACGUCCACGACGUCCACUUCAACCACCACCACCACAGUGCCGCCCUACUACGUGUGGCGCAUGGACUACCCGCCAGGGGUAG